CGUGAUCUGGCAUGGCAUAUUUUUUUAUUAUUUUUAUUAUUUUCUAUAUUGCUAGAAUCUAGAUGUAGAUAUUUUUCUGUUAUUUACUUUAUUUGCUAUGGAAGUUAAAGUUCAAAUUAAGAGAGACUUUGAUGAAUAUGAUCAAAAUUGUACCCAGAUUGGGUUAUCCACGUCAAUAGAUAUGGACAACUUGAAAAAUGAACCAGAGGAAGAACUUUUAGGUUGUCCUGAGGACGAGAAAAAACUGACACUUAUAAAAACAACAGAACAAUCAUCUCCUAAGGAACGAUAUGUGAUUCAAAACCAUGACGAUAGUACACUGAAUAAUAAUAUAAAAAUUCAAACUGGACGAGGACGUUACGGAUGUAAAAUUUGUUUUAAGCAAUUUAUCACACCAAGUUCUUUGAAAAUACAUUUGAGAGUGCACACUGGAGAAAAACCUUAUGAGUGUGAAAUUUGUUCGAAGCAGUUUUCUCAGAAAAGUAGUCUGAAAAGUCAUUUGAGAAUACAUACUGGAGAAAAAGCUUACGAGUGUGAAGUUUGUUGUAAGCAAUUUUCUCUUAAACAGUUUUUAAAUAAUCAUUUGCGUAUUCACACUGGAGAAAAACCGUAUAAGUGUGAAAUUUGUUUUAAGCAAUUUGCUCAAGCAGGUAAUUUGACCGACCAUUUGAGAGGGCACACUGGGGAAAAACCUUACAAGUGUGAAAUUUGCUUUAAGCAGUUUAGACAAAGAGGAAAUUUGAAAGUACAUUUGAGGGUGCACACUAAAGAAACUCCUUACAAGUGUGAAAUUUGUUUGAAACUGUUUUCUCAUGAAAGUUAUUUGAAAAUUCAUUCGCGGCUUCACACUGGACAGAAACCUUACAAGUGUGAGAUUUGUUUUAAGCAGUUUUCUCAAACAACUAACUUGAAAUCUCAUAUGAUGACACACACUGGAGAGAAACCUCAUAAGUGUGAAGUUUGUUUUAAGGAGUUUACUCAGGCAAAUAAUUUGAUAACACAUUUGAGAGUGCACACUAGAGAAUUGCCUUACAAGUGUGAAGUUUGCUUCAAAAAUUUUUCUAACCAAAGUUAUUUGAAAGUUCAUAUGCGUGUUCACUCUGGAGAGAAACCUCAUACGUGUGAUAUUUGUUCAAAGCAGUUUUCUCAAACAGCUCACUUGAAAGCUCAUUUGAGAACACACACUGGACAAAAACCUCACAAUUGCGAUAUUUGUUUUAAGCAGUUUGCUCAAAGAGGUCAAUUGAAGACACAUUCGAGAUUGCACACUGGAGAAAAACCUUAUAAGUGUGAGAUCUGUUUUAAGGAGUUUGCUCAGGCAUUUAAUUUGAAAACACAUUUGAGACUGCACACUAAAGAAACUCCUUACAAGUGUGAAAUUUGCCUCAAAACUUUUUCUCAGCAUAGUCACCUGAAAGUCCACAUGCGUGUUCACUCUGGAGAGAAACCUUAUACGUGUGAUAUUUGUUGUAAGCAGUUUUCCCAAACAAGUCAAUUGAAAAUACAUAUGAGGACCCACACUGGGGAAAAACCUCACAAGUGUGAAAUUUGUUUUAAGCAGUUUGCUAUCAAAGUGAGUUUACAAAUACAUUUGGGAAAACAUACCGGGAAAAAGCCUUUAAAAGUGUGAUAUUUGUUUUAAGCAGUUUUCUCAAAGAAGUCAACUGAAAACUCAUUUGAUAACACACUCUGGACAGAAAGCACAUGUGAUGAGAUACACUAAAGAAACGCCUUAGAAGUGUGAUAUUUGUUUUAAGCAGUUUUCUAAAAAAAGUUUGGUUCAAAUGAGAGUUUAUAAGAAGGGUUAUAUUAACAGACAAUAUAAUAAAUAAGUUUAUAACACUCUUACUACGACUUCUUCUUUAAUUUUCCACUGCUCGUAUUUUUACAGACGUGGGCCAGUUCGCUCGCGUUUUGAGAUUCGUGAACGAUUAAACUUCUGCGUGGGCAAGGAUGGAAUUAGGAUAUUAUUGGACAAGGUUGGCUUAAGACGUAUUAAAAAUUAAGGGUUGUAAUUACGGAAUGAAUACAGUAAAAAUUAUAAUAAUAUUUUUUACAUGUGAAAAAUUGAACGACAAUUACAUUUGGCAAGACAUACCGGGAAAAAGCCUUUUAAAGAGUGGUGUUUGUUUUAACCCGGCGUUGGUACACUGAGGUGUCACAUACCCCAGAUUAAGAGGCUAUAAUCGUGGAAAACGCGAAAUUGUUCUCAGAACUUUGAAAACUUAUUUGAAAAUACACACAGUCGGAAAAAUGAAAGAAUACCCAUGAACGAUCACAUCAAUCAUAUAUUUUGUAUUUGCUGUUUUUUUUCAUAAAUAACAAACGAGAGAGAUAAAUUAUUAAUAAUCUGGAUAAUAUGUGAUUGAUGUGAUCUUUCAUUUUUCCGACUGUACAUACUGAAGAAAAAGCUUAUGAGUGUGAAGUUUGUUUUAAGCAAUUUUCUCUUAACCAGUUUUUACAUAAUCAUUUGCGUAUUCACACUGGAGAAAAACCUUAAGUGUGAAAUUUGUUUUAAGCAGUUUAGGCAGAGGAAAUUUGAAAGUACAUUUGAGAGUGUACACUAGAGAAUUGCCUACAAGUGUGAAGCUUGCUUCAAAAAUUUUUCUAACCGAACUUAUUUGAAAGUUCAUAUGCGUAUUCACUCUGGAGAGAAACCUCAUAAGUGUGAAAUUUGUUUUAAGCAGUUUGCUAUCAAAGUUAGUUUACAAAUACAUUUGGCAAAACAUACUGGGGAAAAGCCUUUAAAAGUGUGAUAUUUAUUUUAAGCAGUUUUCUCAAAGAAGUCAACUGAAAACACAUUUGAUAACACACUCUGGACAGAAAGCACAUGUGAUGAGACACACUGGAGAAACGCCUUAGAAGUGUGAUAUUUGUUUUAAGCAGUUUUCUCUAUCUAUCUAUCUAAUCAGCCCUAAACAUCCAUCCUUGGAUAUAGGCCUCCUCUUCCUUCUUCCAUGCCUCUCUAUCUUGGGCAAUUUGCAUCCAUUUUGACCCAGUGUGUUUCUUCAGGUCAUCCGACCAUCGCAUCUGUGGCCUUCCCCUUUUUCGUUUGUGGUUCCAGGGUCUCCAAUGUAUAAGCAUCUUAGUCCAUCUGUCAUCCUUCUGCCGUAGGGUGUGUCCGGCGAACUUCCAUUUAAGCUUUGCUACUUCGGUAGAGACAUCUUUCACUUUUGUUUUGUUACGGAUCCAUUCGUUUCUUUUCCUGUCUGAUAGUUUAAUGUUCAGCAUUUGUCUUUCCAUGGCUCUUUCUGUCUUUGCUAUUUUUUCCAUAUUCUCUUUUGUAAACGUCCAUGUCUGAGAGCCAUAUAUUAAAACAGGGAGUAUACAUUGAUUGAAGACUCUUGAUUUUAGGUAUUGCGGGUAUUUUCUGUUCUUUAGAAUGUAAGACAGUUUUCCGAAUGAUGCCCAGGCCAAUCUUAUUCUUCUCUUUAUUUCUUCAGUCUGAUUUUCUUUAUUUAAUCUAGUGAUUUGUCGUAGAUAUAUAUACUCUUUUACUUGUUCUAUUCUUGUUUGUGCCACUGUAAUUACUAUAGUUCUUCUUGUUGAUUGGUCAUGAUUUUUGUUUUACUGUAAUUCAUCUUCAGUCCUAUCUUUGUCGAUUCUCUUUCUAGUUCUUCCAUCAUUAUCUGUAAUUCAGUUUUCUAAAAAAGUUAAUUUACAAUUUGUAUGAAUAAGCAUGUACAUAUGCGAAAUUACAUAAACAUUUAUUUUAGGUAAGGUUUAGUUCAAAUGGGAGUUUAUAAGAAGGGUUAUAUUAACAGACAAUAUAAUAAAUAAGUUUAUAACACUCUUACUACGACUUCUUCUUUAAUUUUCCACGGCUCGCAUUUUUACACACGUGGACCAGUUCGGCGGUUUGCUCGCGUUUUGAGAUUCGUGAACGAUUAACCUUUAUUCGGGGAUUCACGAGUACUUUUAAAGUAAAGAGCGUUUGUUUCACGUUACUGGAACCCAGAUAGAAAUGUCCAAAAUGAUAAUAUUGUUGUGACGCACGAUGUAACACGACUGGUCUGUACGCUGUGAGUAAUAGCACCAAAGAGCGCGAAUAUUACUAAUCACAAUGUUCGUUUUCGUAUUGAGAUUUAGCCCAAAAGAAAGGCUCACUUAUUUUUCCCUUUAAGCGAAAAAGAAUGUGGUGAGGAUUUUCCCGUGUGCCGGUGACAAUCAUACCCUCAGGCGAGCAGUUCUAGAAGAGAGUUUUAUCUCUCACAAAUGUCCAAGUGUUGUUGUCUGCGUGGGCAAGGAUGGAAUUAGGAUAUUAUUGGACAAGGUUGGCUUAAGACGUAUUAAAAAUUAAGGGUUGUAAUUACGGAAUGAAUACAGUAAAUAACAGAAAUAUGGAAUGAAACACUAAAAAAAUAUGGAAUGACAAUUAAUAAAAAUAAAACAAAAGUUAUGGUUAUGGGGAAAAGGAACAAGAAAAGAUAAAGAAGACAGGAAACAGAAAUUAAUAAUAUAAUUCAAAAAACAAUGAACCUAUACCAUGCAAUGAGCAAUAAAUUCAUAAAUAAAUAAGAAAUAACAUAAGAAAAACAAAAAUUAAUGUAUUCAAGUCAAUAUAUAGACCUGUAUUAACUUUUGGUUGCGAGUCAUGGGUACUAACAGAACGACAAAAGAGUAAAAUACAGGCAGUAGAAAUGAAAUACCUUAGACGAGUUCGAGGAGUUACCAAAAGAGAUAGACUACGGAACACUCAAAUAAGAGAAGAUUUGGAAAUCGAGUCAACGUUAGAAUUUAUAGAGAGAAAGCAACUCAGUUGGUGGGGUCAUCUUCAGAGAAUAAUGUUUCCAUAUUUAUAAAUUUAAUUAACAAUAUUGUUUACUUUUUAAUUUUAUUCCCCUUUAUAAAAAAUACUUACAUGUUAACAUAUUGUGUAAAAAUCAAAUCUACUAAAUUA